CAAGGUCUCCCCUCUCACGGAGUAGCGACUUUUUUUCUCCUGUUGUCCCGGCCCAGUGACGGUGGGGCGUGCCAUGGCUUUGCGGAGCCUGCGCCGCCUGGCCCUGGCCCAGGCCCCGCUGCUGCCAUGUGCAGCGCAGGAUCGGCGCCCUUUUGCAGGGCUGGUGCUGGGAGGAGUCCGGGGCCAGCGUGGAGGAGAGUGCGACCACGGCACGCGCAGCACGCACGACAGCUUCUUUGCCAAGACUCGCCUGGCGUUUCGCAAGCCGAACAUUGGCACACCGGCAGGGCAGUCUGGCUUCUGUGUGUGCGGACGCGUGCUCCACCCGUGUUUUGGAUUUCAGCAUGAUGCACGACCAUCUUGCUGUGCCAACUGCAAAGAGGAUGGCAUGGUGAACAUCAAGAGCCCCAAAUGUAGGUGUGGCAGAGCCAGACCGCAUUUCGGGAUGCCAGGCGAUGCUCGGGCAACUUGCUGUGCGAACUGCAAAGAGGAUGGCAUGGUGAACAUCAGGAGCCCCAAAUGCAGGUGCGGCAGAGCCCAACCUUUUUUUGGGAUGCCAGGCGACGCUCGGGCAACUUGCUGUGCCAACUGCAAAGAGGAUGGAAUGGUGGACAUCAAGAACCGCAAAUGUAGGUGUGGCAGAGCCAGACCGCAUUUCGGGAUGCCAGGCGACGCUCGGGCAACUUGCUGUGCCAACUGCAAAGAGGAUGGCAUGGUGAACAUCGAGAGCCCCAAAUGCAGGUGUGGCAGGGCCAUACCAUAUUUCGGGAUGCCAGGCGAUGCUCGGGCAACUUGCUGUGGUAGCUGCAAAGAGGACGGGAUGGUGGACAUCAAGAGCCGCAAAUGCAGGUGUGGCAGGACCCAACCUCGUUUCGGAAUGCCGGGUGAUGCUCGGGCAACUUGCUGUGCGAACUGCAGAGAGGAUGGCAUGGUGAACAUCAGGAGCCCCAAAUGCAGGUGCGGCAGAGCCCAACCUUUUUUUGGGAUGCCAGGCGACGCUCGGGCAACUUGCUGUGCCAACUGCAAAGAGGAUGGAAUGGUGGACAUCAAGAACCGCAAAUGUAGGUGUGGCAGAGCCAGACCGCAUUUCGGGAUGCCAGGCGACGCUCGGGCAACUUGCUGUGCCAACUGCAAAGAGGAUGGCAUGGUGAACAUCGAGAGCCCCAAAUGCAGGUGUGGCAGGGCCAUACCAUAUUUCGGGAUGCCAGGCGAUGCUCGGGCAACUUGCUGUGGUAGCUGCAAAGAGGACGGGAUGGUGGACAUCAAGAGCCGCAAAUGCAGGUGUGGCAGGACCCAACCUCGUUUCGGAAUGCCGGGUGAUGCUCGGGCAACUUGCUGUGCGAACUGCAGAGAGGAUGGAAUGGAAAACAUUGUAAGUUUGAGAUGCCUUGUGUGCGGAAAGCACGCAAGCUACCCAGAUGCUACUGGCAAACCUCGACAAUUCUGUGCAAUGCAUUCUGCAGAGGUUGGUGCACGCGUACUGUCCUUAUCGAUGUUUUCGCGGGCAGCAAGCGAUUGUUUGGACAUGUUGGAGGAGGAGGUAGGCUACAGGUUCACUUUUCGGCACAGAUUCGAUGCAUCUAGCGGCACUUGGUCCGGCAAGGAGUUUGCAGGUCUGUUUCCAAAGCGUGCUUUUCUUCCGGAUGCAUACCACCCGGAGAGGCGUGAAGUGGUUGAAUUUCUGGGGAACUACUAUCAUGGCUUUCCUGUGGAGCAUCCACGGCAUAGCAGCUUCAUUUGCGUGGGCGGCAAGCCGGCGCCGGACGUUUAUCGUGACACCAUGGAACGCCUCGAUCUGUUCACAGCGGAGGGGCUCAGCGUCUUCUACAUUUGGGAGCACGAAUUCGUGGAGUGGCGGAAGCGAGCUGCCGCUGGGGAGGCUGGGCCGAUCACCAGCCUCCUGCGCCGCCAUGAGCCAAAGCACAUGGGCCGAAAAGAAGCGUGCGCCUCUCAAACA